GGUUGGAGCGCCCUCAUGCAGGCGGCCAGGUUUGGGCACGUGAGCGUGGCACACCUCCUCCUGGAUCAUGGGGCUGACGUCAAUGCCCAAAACCGGCUAGGGGCCAGCGUGCUCACGGUGGCCUCUAGGGGUGGCCACCUGGGCGUGGUGAAGCUGCUUCUGGAAGCCAGUGCCUUCGUGGACCCCUCUGGCGAGCAGCUGAGGGCAGGGGGCAGCAGGGAUGAGCUGCUGGACAUCACAGCCCUGAUGGCUGCCAUCCAACAUGGGCACGAGGCCGUGGUGCGUCUGCUGAUGGAGUGGGGGGCAGACCCCAACCGUGUGGCUCGGACCGUGGGCUGGAGCCCGCUGAUGCUAGCGGCGCUCGGUGGGAAGCUCGGCGUGGCCCAGCAGCUAGUGGAGAAGGGGGCCAACCUGGACCACCUCAGUGUGCUGGAGAAGACUGCCUUCGAGAUAGCGCUGGACUGCAAGCACAGGGACCUUGCAGACUACCUGGACCCACUGACUACUGUCAGACCCAAGACAGAUGAGGAGAAAAGACGACCUGAUAUUUUCCAUGCGUUGAAAAUGGGAAACUUCCAGUUGGUCAAGGAGAUUGCCGAUGAAGACCCCAACCACGUGAACAUGGUCAAUGGGGACGGGGCGACCCCUCUGAUGCUGGCCGCUGUCAUGGGGCAGCUACCUCUGGUGCAGCUGCUGGUGGAGAGGCAUGCCGAUGUGGACAAGCAGGACAGCGUGCAUGGCUGGACUGCUCUCAUGCAGGCUACCUACCACGGUAAUAAAGAAAUUGUCAAAUAUCUGCUAAACCAAGGUGCUGAUGUCACUCUUCGUGCAAAAAAUGGAUACACGGCCUUUGACCUAGUGAUGCUGCUGAAUGAUCCCGACACGGAACUUGUUCGACUGCUGGCAUCUGUCUGCAUGCAGGUGAAUAAAGAUAAAGGCCGGCCCAGCCACCAGCCACCCCUGCCCCACUCAAAGGCCAGACAGCCCUGGAACAUCCCAGUGUUGCCUGAUGACAAGGGCGGACUUAAGUCCUGGUGGAACCGCAUGUCCAAUCGGUUCCGGAAGCUGAAGCUGAUGCAGACGCUGCCCCGUGGGCUGUCCAGCAACCAACCUUUGCCUUUCUCUGAUGAGCCUGAGCCGGCGCUGGACUGCACCAUGAGAGCAGCCCCCCAGGACAAGACCAGCUUCUCUAGGCUCCCCAGUGUGGCCCCCACCACCAAAGGCAGUGGUCCUGGGAGCACGAGAGGAGAAAAGGAAGAUGUGUUAUUGACAACCAUGCUUCGAAAUGGAGCUCCUUUCACCAGACUCCCGAGCGACAAGCUGAAGGCAGUCAUCCCCCCUUUCUUGCCCCCUUCCAGUUUUGAGCUAUGGAGCUCUGAUCGGUCCCGGACAUGUCGCCAUGGGAAGGCUGACCCUGCAAAGACUGUGCUACCCCAUGGACCCAGCAGGGGCCACGCCAUGGGUGGCGGGAGCACAGACACUGCUCCCAUCAGGCCAGUUAAAUUCCCAACUCUCUCCAGAAGCCCAGCGUCUCCUGCCAAUUCUGGAAACUUCAACCACUCACCUCAUUCCUCAGGCGGCUCCAGUGGGGUAGGGGGCGUUAGCAGGCACGGUGGGGAGCUGCAUAAUCGCUCAGGUGGCAGCAUAGAUAGUGUCUUGUCCCAAAUUGCCGCCCAGAGGAAAAAAGCAGCUGGAUUAUCGGAGCAGAAGCCCAGCCAGCGGUCAAGCCCUGUUGGGCCGGCACCAGGGUCCAGCCCGUCAGAGCUCCCAGUCUCCCCAGCAGGGGGCAGUGUUCCUGGUGGCAAGAAAUUAGAGACAAGCCAAAGGCCUCAGUCUGGAACGUCGACUACCUCCAAAAGCACCUCCCCCACCCUCACGCCCUCCCCUUCACCCAAAGGACACACUGCCGAGUCCUCGGUGUCCUCCUCCUCGUCCCACCGGCAGUCCAAGAGCAGCGGGGGCUCCAGCAGCGGCACCAUCACAGAUGAAGAUGAGCUGACUGGAAUCCUUAAGAAAUUAUCGCUUGAGAAAUACCAGCCCAUUUUUGAGGAACAAGAGGUGGAUAUGGAAGCAUUCCUCACGCUCACCGAUGGCGAUUUGAAGGAGCUGGGGAUCAAGACAGAUGGAUCCAGGCAGCAGAUUUUGGCAGCGAUUUCUGAACUGAACGCAGGCAAGGGACGAGAGAGACAAAUCUUACAGGAAACCAUUCACAACUUCCAUUCUUCCUUUGAGAGCAGCGCCAGCAACACCAGGGCCCCUGGAAACAAUCCUUGUGCGUGA